CCCCGGAGUUAGCUGGUAAACUUGAAAAACUUAUUAAACCUUAGAUGGAAUGGAGCUGCUAGAAAAAAAUUAUUAAACCUUGACAUAUACUAUCUCUUCCUCCUCUCUGUUUUCUCACAAGUCUUCUCUUGUGCAUGUUCUUUGCUUCCAAGAAUGUUUGUCUUCAGUACCUACGAAAGGCUUGCUUCUGAAAGUUUCCCAGGAAAAAUAGAGAACAUACACGACUCUUGGUUAAGAGGAGCACUGAGCAAACUACUAAUUUCGGAAGAAAAUUUGGAAUCGAAAAUUAGAAAGUCAGAUGAAAGAAAUAAUAUACCAAGAAUUCCACAGCACAUGGCUGAAAGGGUGGAUUUUAGAAACUAUUAUGAGCCACGGAUCAUCUCAAUUGGUCCAAUUCAUCUACCCAAAGAAGAUCUUCUUCAAGGAAAGUUAUAUAAGGAUUUGUGGGCUGCAAAGUAUGUUCAAGGUGCUGAUUUCCAUCGGAUACAGGAAGUACAUAGGAUGACUCGCCAAAAUGCUUAUAUCUCCAUGCAGUUCAUGUACCUCGACCUUUUAAAGAAUGAAAAACUUGCAUCUGCAUAUGACCAUCCCCCGGAUGGAAAAAUGUUUGCUACAUUGGCGCUGGUUUCGGAUGGAUGUUGUGUACUUCACCUGUUGGAGAAAUCAGACAACUCAUUUGAGGCACAAGAAGAGCUAGAAAUUAGCAUUGACAAGCUUUUAUGGAUGCACCAGGAUCUGCUUAUCAUGGACAACCAAAUUCCCUUCCAAGUCCUCAGGCUCUUGUGUGAGGAUCAAGAAAGGCUCGAAAAAUGCCUCGGGAACUUCCUCCAAGUUCAUGGUAUUCAGACAGCACCCAAGCUUCGAAGACAGAAUCAAGAAGAACAAGAGUUAAGGCUAAUUGUCCAAGGAGAUAACCAAGAAGAAGAGGGUAAUGAAUCUGAUCCCCUCCAUCUUCUAGAUUAUUUGAGGAGGGCACUCUUGAUGAGAGAUCUAGAGACAAUCCAUAAGGAUAUCAGGGUCAAGAUGAGAUCCUGGCACCUCAGGAAGUAUAGAAUUGGGACCAUAAGAGAACUCAGAGCAGCCGGGAUUCGAGUUAGAAGACAUUCCAACAUCAAUUCUUUGUACCCCACCUUCAAUCAUGGCAUACUCUACCUUCCUGAGCUAACUGUGGAUGGUUCAACAGCUCAUAUCUUCCUCAACCUUGUAGCCCAUGAGAUAUGGCCUGGUUUUCGCAACAACUUCGCGAUCAGCUCAUUUAUAGUGUUCAUGAGCUCUCUCAUUGACCAGCCUGAGGAUGUCAAGGAACUCAGAUUAGCUGGUGUACUUAUCAAUGAACUAGCCAAUGACAAAGAAGUGGCUGAUCUGUUUAAUAAGAUGGAUACUAUUCUGGUGCCUGAGACACCAUUGUUUGCUCACAUCAGAGACCAAAUCCAUGUACAUUUUAAAUCCAAGAGAGGUAAGAUCAGGAUGCUGUCUUGGAUGGGAGAGGCCUCUAACACCUUUUUCCGCUCGCCAUGGACCAUCAUUGCCUUGCUUGCUGCGGUGCUUGGCCUUGUUCUUACAUUUAUCCAAACAUGGUUUGCUAUCCACCCUAAAUCUUCAUAAAUCAUAACAUCACUUUUUCAAUGUUUUGCUUGAUGAUGAAUAAAACACUACUCAUAUGAGUAUGUGAGCUGUGUGUAAUCUGUAUUUCAAUCAUAAACUACUAUGCAGUAAUUGGAAUCUGGUUCUCUCCUUUUUAA